AUGCCGCCAACAGCUACCAAUCAGGGCAGCAGCGACGAUAAAGCUGCUGCCAGCACGUCCACUUUCGAUCCAUUCGCCCAUAUUCGAAGCUUCAAGUACUCGGGCUCGCUCAAGGCGGUCUAUCCUUUGAGUCCCAAACCCAAGAUUCCGCCAUCGAUUCGAAGACCCAACUACGCCAGGGAAGGGUUCCUCGAGUCAAGAAACAUAAAGGUCAACAACAAGGCCGAUCAGGACGGCGUGAGGAAAGCUGCUGCACUUGCCCGUGAGGUUCUCGAGAUUGCUGCGGCCCAUGCCAAGCCCGGCGUGACAACCGAUGAGCUGGACAAGAUUGUGUUUGCCGAGGCGAUCAAGCGCGACUGUUAUCCGAGUCCACUGGGCUAUCACGGCUACCCCAAGAGUGUCUGCACCUCCAUCAACGAAGUCAUCUGCCAUGGCAUCCCUGAUCAGCGACCUCUGGAGGAUGGUGAUAUCCUCAACCUCGAUGUCACGCUUUUCCACAAGGGCUACCACGGAGAUCUGAAUGCUACGUUCCCCGUCGGCAAGAAGGCGGAAGACGAUGCCGAGUCGAUGAAACUCAUCCGAGUGGCUAGAGAGUGUCUUGAUGCUGCUAUCAACAUUUGUGGACCUGGCGUACCCUACGGCGAGAUAGGUCGUGUCAUCCAGCCGCUCGCAGAAUCUCAGGGCUGCGCCGUGGUCAAGAAUUACACCGGCCACGGCAUUUCGAACUGCUUCCACGCAGCACCGACUGUCUACCACCACGCCACCAAGAAGAGCUACGGCAUCAUGAAACCAGGCCACAUCUUCACCAUCGAGCCAAUGCUCAACCUAGGCACCGAGUGGAGAGAUCUCUCAUGGCCGGAUGACUGGACUGUAGCCACUGUCGACGGCGCACGAUCAGCAGCUGCCGAAGAAACGCUCCUCAUCACCGAGACUGGUGUCGAGAUCCUCACCGCCAAAGGCGGUCCGCGACACAUUGAUACCACCGAGCGACGCAAGCUGCUCGAACAGCAGAUCAAGUCGAGAGAGGAGAGGAAGAAGCGACGAAAACUCGAUAACGGUGGUGCCAGCACGCCGGUUUCGGACACUGCGACAGAAACACCAGCCCCCGAAAACACCAACGUAACCACGAAAAUCGCUUCUGGUCCUGCUGUUCCAGAGAGCUGA